UUCACUCUGCACGGCAUAAGCUCUCCCUCCCUGGUGAUAGUGGAAGCAACUCUGCAGGGCUUUGCUCUGCUCAGCAGACUGCAGAGUUUGCUGCAAAAGCAAAACUGGAAUCUGUCGUUGUACUGCCUACUUACCAUCCAGCAGGCUUGUAUGUCUUCUUGCCUUCUGUUUCUUUCCCCAAACCUAUCUUCUCAAAAGGAAGCUCUAUUCUGCUGCUAGCAAUGCAUCCUAAGAGGUGGCUAUGUUGGUGUAACCCUGCUUUCUGUGUGUGGUUAUUCGUGUUCACAUCUUUGAUUAAAGAUACCACAACCUGCGAAUCAGAGGAACGGUUAUUUCACAAACUCUUCUCCCAGUACAACCAGUUCAUCAGGCCAGUGGAAAAUGUGUCUGAUCCUGUCACAGUGUAUUUCGAAGUGGCCAUUACCCAGCUUACAAAUGUGGAUGAGGUCAAUCAGAUCAUGGAAACAAAUCUGUGGCUAAGACAUAUUUGGAAUGACUACAAAUUGCGAUGGGAUCCCAGAGAAUAUGAUAGCAUUGAAUUUGUUCGGGUGCCAGCAGAUAAAAUUUGGAAACCAGAUAUCGUCUUGUAUAACAAUGCUGUGGGAGAUUUUCAAGUUGAAGGCAAAACCAAAGCCCUCCUUCGCUAUGAUGGGAUGAUCACCUGGACUCCACCAGCUAUUUUUAAAAGCUCCUGUCCUAUGGAUAUUACCUUUUUCCCAUUCGAUCAUCAGAACUGUUCGCUGAAAUUUGGCUCAUGGACCUAUGACAAAGCCAAAAUUGAUCUUCUGAUCAUUGGAUCCAAAGUAGAUAUGAAUGACUUUUGGGAAAAUAGUGAAUGGGAAAUAGUUGAUGCUUCUGGUUACAAACAUGACAUCAAAUAUAACUGCUGUGAAGAGAUCUACACAGACAUAACAUAUUCCUUUUAUAUUCGAAGAUUACCAAUGUUUUACACCAUAAAUCUGAUCAUUCCCUGUCUCUUCAUCUCAUUCCUGACUGUGUUAGUUUUUUACCUGCCAUCUGACUGUGGUGAGAAAGUGACUCUUUGCAUCUCUGUGCUGCUUUCUUUGACUGUAUUUUUACUGGUCAUCACAGAAACAAUCCCAUCCACCUCUUUAGUAAUUCCCCUUGUAGGUGAAUAUUUACUCUUCACUAUGGUAUUUGUGACUCUCUCAAUUGUCAUCACGGUGUUUGUCCUGAAUAUACACUACAGGACUCCAACCACACACGAAAUGCCCAAAUGGGUAAAAACCGUAUUUCUUAGCCUGCUCCCAAAAGUCCUGUUGAUGCAGAGGCCAUUAGAACAGCAGAAAAAAAACAUCUCCAGAAAAAGCAAGAAAGGAUCAGCCAAUAUGUUAGGCAAGUCAAAGCACAACAAACAGAAAGAUACCAAGUUACACAAGGAGCAGCAGUGCCAUCACUGUGAUAAGGCAACUGAACUCACUACCACCAAAAGAAGACAACCGAGCCAUCGGUCCCUGAAGUGGAUGGCAGAGCACAUGGAGUACUCCCCAGAAGUGAAGGAUGUCAUUAGCAGUGUUCAGUUCAUCGCAGAGAACAUGAGGUCUCAAAAUGAAAACAAAGAGGUGGAAGAUGAUUGGAAAUACGUAGCUAUGGUGAUAGACAGAGUAUUUCUCUGGGUGUUUAUAAUCCUUUGUGUGUUUGGGACUGCAGGGCUCUUUAUCCAGCCACUAAUAGCACAUACAUAACUUGACCCACUGCUUUUUAUCCACUUCUGUUCUUGUUUCAUUUCCAAUUCCAAACGGUCUCCUGUAUUUCUCUCCUUUUACACAACCCCUCUGCUUUUCGCCUCCUCAGCACCCAUCCACAGAAGAAAGGACAAAGAGAGGAAAGGGUCCUCUGAGAAAGCAAACAACCCAAAACAUAAUGAGUAGAGGACUCAAAAUGAGAGAUGAGCAUGUGGUCUUUCUAUGGCAGAACACCUGGGAUUUUUAGAGUGCCUGUCUGUCUUUCCCUCAGUGAGAUCAGCAGUAAUAAUCACACUGAGGAUCACAGGAGCAGGUUGAAGUUAUUGAGCUUUUUCCUUGGUUUCAGUACAGGGGGUUAUUAGAACAGUUCAGGCACUUCUGAGUGCAUUGCCCAAAGAAGGCUCUACCUGGCUUCAUUUUUCUCUCCUGAUCAUAGCUCUUCCUCAGGUCCUCAGUUAUUUUGCUUUUCCUCUCUAUCGCUUUCUAACAGCCGGUCUUUGGUAUGGCACUUAGAUGAGGUAUCACAGUCCUACUGACUGGACCAAUGCUAAUUAUUGUGUUCUUGUGUCAGGCAGCCAAAAUAAAAAUAAAAGUACAAUCAAACCAACCCCUUGACGCUGUAACAUUUUCAAUACAAUCUAAAAUAACAGGUCCUCAUCUUCUGCAGUAUAUGUACACAAAUGAGGUUCCCAGACCAACAAAGUACAUGUUUAUGUUUAUGUUUGAAGUCAGACAGGUCUUUAGCAUGUAAUUCUAACUGAAGACAAACCGACUUAGUAUUUUGCACUUCAUGUAGCCUUGCUGACAUCAUUUGAAGCAUCCUAGAGUCACCAAAGAGGAAUAACCUGGAUGCACUAUUGAAAACCAGAAAAGACCCAAACUAUCUGUGGUUGCCAUAUAAAGCAUCCACAUUUGAAUUCUACGUGCUUCUAAGACCUUUAAAAACCUAGUUCAUCUUCCACUGAACUUUGCGUGCAACCAAGGUCCCUUUUACUUCCUGAUACUGAAUACCAAGUCCUUGGUGAGCUCCAGUAGGAUUUCUAAGCCACGUUUCUCUCAUCAGGUUAAGAGUGGUCCCAGACCACAAAUUCUGCUCUGAAAACUCUUCCUUGCUCAGGCCCAGACAUAAGGCCAAAGGAGGAGAGUUUGGCCCUGAGUAGUUACUCAUGACACACAAAAUUGGAUUGACUUUAUUGGGUUGAUCUGAAUUUUCUGGUGUUUUCAAACCUCAAGAUCAGCUCGGAUUGCACACAUCCCAGCAAGAGAAAGCUGGCUAUCAUGAAUCUUAAUGCACCUUGUUCCAAACAGCUAUGCAGCAAUUUUCUUUUUUAUGGCUCCUCAUGAGUCAGUGCUGUGUGUGCAAACCUGUAACGGGAGGGACAGUUCCUUUGCAGCUGAGGUUACUGCUCUGUAACCCAGUUCCAAAUCCUAGUGUGCUUCAUCCUGAGGCACUUUGUGGGUGUGCACCUGAUGCAGUUUCUGUACUAUAUGGCCAGUUUAGCCUCAGGUCCCUUGUCUGUUUCAAUUCCUGUUGGUUUUGUGUGCAAGAAGUCUUCUCUAAAAGGCACCAUUCCAACUAAAGCAAAUGGCUUCAAGAGUAAAAAGCCCUUCUCUCUUAUAGCAGGCCCUAAAUUUAAUUGUACAGUGUCGGUACAGUAUUUUCAGUGUCUGCCAUGCCUCAGUCUCUGCUUUGAACAUCACGAGUCCUUGGAAAGUAUGACUCCCUGUUUCUGAAGUCUCUGACUGGCAUUUUACUCUUUUUUGAUGCUCCAUAAUAAAGAUAAUAGGACUGAAUAAAUGUAUAUGUCACAGAUAAAAGUGGAAUGACAAUAAUGUAACUGUAUUAAUCCUGUAGCUGAAAUAUGUAAAGUCAUUAUUUUCUAGAAGAAAGCCACAUUUUCUAUAUUUGCCAUGAAUAUUGCAUAAUUAUGUAGUGAUAGACAGAUGUGUGAACAUGCAUGGUUUGCUUUGUUAGCCUGUCAAUUAAAUAUCACUGCUGGGAUAUA